CUCAGUCUCUCGCCACCCUCCGCGGAGGAAGUACGCAUCCUUCCUUCACUCUCACUUACCCUCUCACUCUCUCUCUCACACUUGACUUAAACCCACACCACAUUGAUUACGUACAUACACACACACACACACACACGUACAUAAACACACACACACACACGUACAUAAAUACACACACACACAUUUUUAGAUAUUUUAUGUAGAAUUACUACUACUACUACUACUACUACUACUACUACUACUACUUAUACCAACAUAACUACGUGUGAAGCAUCGUGUGUUCUUGGUAAUUGGUGAUCCCCCCCGCCUUCCCCCACCACGUCAUCUGAGCUGCCCACGUGACCAGUCUUUACACGCAGAAGAAGAAGAAGAACAAGAAGAAGAGGAGGAAGGAAGGAAGGAGGAAGAAGAGAACGUGAUAUACAGAACAAGAGGAACAACAAACACAACAAACAAACAAACAAACAAACAAUAAACACUCAAAAACACACCAACAUUCAACACCACACAACACAACACCACCAAUCUAACCGAAGCAAGCCAAACCACCACCAUGGCUGACAAGACUCGUUCCACCACCCAGCCAAGCACAGGAGGGGAAGAACAAGGCCUUGGCGAGGAGUCAGGGGUGUCACUGAAGCGUAAGGUUACACUGCUCCACGGGGUAUCAAUAAUUGUUGGAUCAAUCAUUGGUUCAGGAAUCUUCGUGUCCCCUGGAGGUGUCCUGGGGUACGCCGGGUCUCCUCUGGCGGCGCUGCUCGUGUGGGCUGGCUGCGGGAUCUUCUGUACCGUAGGAGCGCUGGCCUUUGCAGAGCUGGGCACCAUGCUUCCCUCCACGGGCGGUGAAUACAGCUACAUUCACACAGCCUUCGGGGGUCUGCCAGCCUUCCUCACUCUCUGGGUCAACGUGGUGCUCAUCAGACCCGCCACUCAGGCCGUAGUGGCGCUCACCUUCGCGGAGUACUCCCUCGCCCUGGCCUUCCCCGCGCCCUGCCAUGCCCCGAGACUCGCUGUGUUCCUCCUCGCCUCCUGUGGCCUCUGCCUCCUCACAGCCAUCAACUGCUGGAGCGUGCAAUUGAGUUUAAGGAUACAAACAGUGUUCACCGCGGCAAAGCUCCUGGCACUCUUCACCAUCAUUGCGGCAGGCGGUGUGCAUCUGGCCAUGGGCAACACGCAGGUCUUAACUGAACACAUGCUGGCGGGCAGACCCUCAGCUGACGGCGUUCCCCUGGCCUUCUACUCUGGCCUCUUCGCUUAUGGGGGCUGGAACUACCUGAAUUUUGUGACGGAGGAGCUGAAGGAUCCGUACAGGAACCUGCCACGCGCCAUCUCAGUCGCCCUGCCGUUGGUCACCACAGUGUACGUGCUGGCCAACGUAGCCUACCUCGCCGUGCUGCCCCCCGCUGCUCUCCUCGCCUCGACCGCCGUGGCAGUGGCAUUCGCAAGGGAGGUGCUGGGGCCACUGCAGUAUUGGGUGCCUGUGUUCGUGGCGCUGUCCACCUUCGGCUCCCUUAAUGGCAUUCUCUUCACCUCGGGCCGCCUCUUCUUAGCGGGCGCCAGGGAGGGUCACUUGCCACCCGCCCUCGCUUACAUCCACCUCAAGGCCAAGACUCCCGUGCCCGCGCUUCUGGUGACGUGCCUGCUCUCCAUGGUUAUGCUGGAGGUCAACAUUUUCUUCCUCAUCAACUUCUUGUCAUUCGCACUGUGGCUCACUAUCGGGGGAGCUGUGGCCGCCCUCCUCUGGCUCCGCUACACACAGCCCCACCUGCCGCGCCCCAUCAAGGUGCACCUGGCCCUACCUGUCCUGGUGCUCAUUGGCUGUGUCUACCUGGUGGUGGUGCCAGUGGUGCAGGAACCAGGCAGUACAGGUCUGGGCGUCCUGAUGACCCUGGCUGGCAUUCCUGUGUAUGUGCUGGGGGUUAAGUGUCACUGGAAGCCUGGCUACAUCACAUCUCUGCUGGGUAAGUUGUGGCACAUCUUACCAGUUUGGUUAUAUUUUGAAGAGUGGGUGUGUGUGUAUGUUUGUGUGUGUUUGAGAGGAGAGGAAGGGCAGGAACACUGAUAGAAGGAAUAGGAGGGAGAAAAGGAAGGAUAGGAAGAGCAGGAGGACAAGGAAGAAAGGGAGGGAGA